UCACGAAGUAGAAAAACUUGACGUCGUUGUGAGCUAGAACGCUAUAUUAUGUUUAUGACAGUUUGUGUUUUGCUAAGUGUUUGUGAGUAGCGUCAUAUUUAAAAUUAUCGUUGAACUACUGUAUCUAGCGUGUGCUUGCAUUUAUAGUAUUUGUACAAAUAAUUAAAAAGACGUGUUCGUGCGUCGUCGCAGACUAAUGAUGUAAUUUAUUAUAAGUGAAACGUUUCCUCCCAUGUUAAUUGAUUUAUUGAUAGGUUUGGGAUCCCUUUUUACUUUACUCCCUCAAUUAAAAAUACUUUUUUUAUGAAACGGUAGUUAAAUAAUUAAGCAUUACGUUUGCAACAUACGCCGAAUUGGGUAAGCUAAUAAUCAGAAACACUGAAUGUUUAGGAUAGUGGACUGUAAACGGUAAUGACAUUACUCUGUAGAUUAUGUUCGUUAGAAUAUAAAACAAUGUUUUAACGGUUUUGUGAAACUAAUCUAGCGCUGCUAACUGGAAACCCAGUUUUGACACUGCCAUGGAAAGCCAUGUGUUCGGUUUUAAUACGCUGUCAGAUGUUGUAUCAAUUCGGUCAUCUUGGGAUUGUGCAACAGACAAGGAUUUAACUAGUAUCCUCUUUACAUUUUCUUCCACUACUUCUCUGGAUAACGUAUCCCAAGUUUGGACCGAGAGACUUGUGAUAUUGGAACAGUCUCCAGGCACUGAUGAAAACAAAUCCUGUGUCCUGUAUUUGGAGUGUAAUCCUAACAGUACUGAGAAAAUAGUAUGUAUUGAAGUGCGAAGUGAAGCAAGAACCAUGGAAGUUUAUGCAGACCAGGAGUAUUGUGGUACCAGUAGAGGGGAAAACACGGACUUUCUGAAAAUAAGUGAAAAUGAAAGUGUCAGUUUAUACAAGACACGGUUAAGUCUUGAACGCCCAGCAGCUAGCUGUGAAGUUAAGAAUCCAGCAGCAUUAGGAGGAUUCCUACAGGAUGUGCUAGGAACCAGUGAAUUGGCUGGUUUAGGAAGCAGGCCUACAUCAUUGGGACUAGCAGAGCAAAGUAUUAACGGACCAUUUUCAAAGACAACUGGUUUAUCUGACUCUGUGAUCCAAAGUUCAAACCACCACGAUUCAGAAUUUCAGCUUAACACGAAAAACCUACCAUUUGUCAAAGACUUAAAAUCCUUGGAACAAAAUGCUAUUUUUUCUGGAACUGAUCUGAAAACGAAAGUAUCCUCUGUUUUGGAUGGCCACCUAAAAGAACAACAGAUUCUCUGCAGUGCUGAAAUGCUUCCGUUUCUUCGAAAUAUAUGCAGCCAGGUUCGCCAGCUACGUGUUGGAGACAAGCCUAAUACUUGUAGACAAAAUGGGUUAUCAGAAGAUGAAAGCUUCACAGAUUUUAGGAAAGAACCUCAGCUUUGUGCAUACGUGGAGAAGAUUAUUUCAAAACAUCUAGCACAGAUGGAGCAGAGACUGACUGACUAUAUUGAUCAGAGAAUUGGUAGACUGCAGGAGCAUCUUGAUGCUACAGUGCUUUCUGUAGUGAAUCUGCUACAAAGCUGUCCAGUUGAAACUGUAAAAGAAAAUGAUUUCAGUAAAUUAAUAACAAAUGGAGAAGUGUGAAAAUGCUUUUCAGUGUUGACAGCAAUAAUUCAAUGUGCAAAUAACAUUGUGAAGAUAUGCACAGACUCCCACUCUGUACAUUUCUGGUAAAAUAUUGUGUAAAUAUUACUUUUCAUUUAGUACUGUUUAAUAAUUUAAACACUAAUGGUUGUUCCCAGAACUGCAAUUGUUUUAAUUGUUCUUUUUCUGCAAUACUGGAAAAAGUCAUUGUGAAUAAACAGGUUAUGUAAGAAGUUGCCUUCA